AUGCUACUGCUUCUCUGCCAUUCCCUCCUGCUCAUCUUUGCUCAACAGUGCUUCAGCAGGGCGCAGAACAAUGGGCAGCUGCAAGCUCCUCAGGGUGGACGGGCUACGACAGAGAGACGCCAAUUCUGCCAGUGGCCCUGCAAGUGUCGGCAGAGACCUUACUGUGCCCCUGGUGUCAGCUCUGUCCUGGAUGGGUGCGGCUGCUGUAAGAGCUGCGCCCGACAAAUUGGAGAGCCGUGCAACGAGAGGGACGUGUGCGACCCACACAAGGGCAUGUACUGUGACUUCUCCGCAGACAAGCCAAGAUACGAGGUUGGAGUGUGUGCAUACAUGAUGGCGGUAGGCUGUGACCUGAAUGGGGUCCACUAUGAGAAUGGAGAAUCCUUCCAGUCCAGCCCCCUCUACAAGUGUACAUGCAUCGCUGGAGCCAUCGGCUGUACCCCUGCUUUCAUCCAGAAGCCUGCUGGUCUCUUAGGCUCUGCACCACUGAUCAGCAACACGCCAGCUGGCCUUCGCAGUGGCCAGAGCCCAAACAAGCACCAGCAGGACACUACCUACAUGUCAGGUUACAGGGACCCUCCUUUAGCCUGGAAGAGGAACUGCCUAAUCCAGACCACCCACUGGAGUCCCUGCUCCAAGACCUGUGGCCUGGGCAUCUCUGUACGUGUCAACAACGAUAACAGCAAGUGUGAGAUGAGGAAAGACCGCCGCCUGUGCUUGCUGCAACCGUGUGAGAAAAGCGUGCUCAGGAGUGUCAAGGUGCCAAAGGGAAAGACGUGCCGACCCAAAUUCCAGGCAAAGAAAGCAGAGAAGUUGACUCUCUCUGGCUGUACCAGCAACAAGAAGUUUAAGCCCACAUACUGCGGUGUGUGUACAGACAAGCGCUGCUGUGUCCCCAACAAGUCACGCAUGAUCAAGGUCAACUUCACCUGCAAAGGAGGCUCCAACACACAGUGGAAGAUGCAGUGGAUAACGUCCUGUGUGUGUCAGAGGAAGUGCAACGAUCCGGGCGACAUGUUUUCUGACCUGCGUUUACUCUAAGGACCCCAAACG